AUGGACAGUAAUUUUUCUAUAAGUUUGAAAAAGCAAAGCAAGGGGAAAAAGAAAAAGAGAGUCAAUGUGUUUAGUGAUUCAAAUGAAGACAAAAGCGAUGGUUUAAAUCGACUCGAUUCCAGCUCCUUCACAGUCAAGAAUAAAAAAAUAAGGCUUACUGAAGUUACUGCAGAUGAUUUAGUAACAAAGCAAGAAAAGUCGGAAUCAGGGAAGCCUGCAUUAGUGAUUAAAUUGAAUGAUGAUAUAGGUCCUGCUCAUCCAGCACAAGAGCUAACUACUAUGGAAGAAUAUAAUACUGUUCCUGUAGAAUUGUUUGGUGAGGCAGUAUUAAGAGGUAUGGGUUGGGAUGGUAAAGUAACUGAUAAUAAUGAGGAUGCAAAUGACGAAGUGAAAUUCCAAAAUGAUGUGACAAGACUGAAACAUCCAGAUAAUGUAGGGAUAGGUGCAACAAAGUCUAAUGUGAAGGUUGCUACUAGUGACUUCAUGCCUAUUAAGAAAAUUGAAAAAUCAGUACCGUCCAAUCUACAACAGAAUUAA